GUGGGUCGCAGGCCGCCGGACUUGCAUUUGGUGUAGCCAUGCAACAGCUCUUCCACUGGAAAAGUACCUGGAUAGGGGGCAACGGACCUGUUCCUCCGGCGCUAGAAGGCUUGCGAACGCGUGUGUGCUUGGUUUCAAUCAGGUCCCGUCCUGGUCCCUUUGCACGCCGGUUCGGGGACUUCAAAGGCACUCGUCAUCUUCGGGUCGGUGCGACAGCGAUUGUCGUUCCCCUUUGCUUGUGCGUCCUUCGAUUCCAGACUGAAGUCCUCACACCGGUAGCUGCAGAAGCACUGUGCUCGUCGAGUCUUGCGAGCGCUCAGGUACGCAGGGACGACGUCUGUUCGCCGACAAGCUAUACACUCGUCGGACGACCUCAGCAGUCGUGCCGUCCGGCUCAAGUUCGUGCUGUGGCACCGGCAAGAUCAUUCAAUACAUCAACAUGUUUGCAGGUCAGGCCCUCGUCUUCGUUCCUCGCAGACGCGUCAGCUUUAUAAUCUUUGGAGGCUCUCGGUGCCAGUAUACGCAGUGGUCGUUUGCGUCGGUUGAAUACCUUGGGU